CCCAGUAACAAGUAAUUGUACAUUCAAAGGCAGCAAUUGGUACUUUUUCUCUGACAGUGUACCUCAGGGCCUUCCCCAUAGCUGUUUUUCAGUCCUGACUAAGUCAGGGAGAACCCUGCUAGCGGAGCUGUUUCUUCGCCUCACGCUUAUUUUUUGAUGUCUGAGGAUGCAUGUCGGUUUGCCGUGAAAACCCGCGGGUGCUUCAACAGGUGGAGCCACAGAGCCGCGAAAGGUCUCAGCAGCGCAGGGAAGAUUGAGGGAGCAGAGUCGGGUUGGGCGCAUAGUUCGCCAAUAGACUGCCCCGCCGUGAAAACAAUGAGAUACAGAAGUCGUGUUGAUGUCAAGGCUAUUUUUGGUGCUGCCCGCCUAUUCUCGUUUCCUGUGGGGCUGGACUCGCUUGUUUUCGCCGCUCGGUCUCCUUGCGCUGCUCCGCUCGCUGUGCGUCCCUCGUCUCUUAAGCUCCUGCGCUUAUCCGCAUAUUUAAGAAGCGGUUUAGUGAAAUCAGGGAAGAGGAUGAAACAAGCCACUUACCUCAGCGACGUGUCCGGCUCCUAAUUAAUACCAUACUAUUAUACUUUUCCUGGUUUGUUAACGCUGAAAAUGCAGCACAGUUAGAAUCUUGCUUAGAAAUAUAUCCGCACACGUACAAAUUUGAAGCGUAAAUCUCAAGUCUUAUCAGGGAUCUUGCUGGUAGGGUAAUUGAAAAUCUCAUUUUAACACAAGGAAUUUAUUUCCGAAAGAAAUAAUACAAUUUAUAAAUAUUGAAAUCGUACAGUUAGUGUUUAGUCUUCGGUCAGUUGGCAUGGUUUUUCAGAAGAAGUGAGUCUUUUGAUUUUUUUUAUACAUAUUGCGAAACGACUCUUACAGGACAACAUUUAUGAUACAUUUUGACAUAUGUGCGACAAACGUAGGUGUUCGAUGAAACAAAACAGGUGGAAAUACGGCUUUUGGUCCGACUAUAGAAACGCAGAAACGGGACAGGUCUUUUGCGGUACAAACUGUAGAUGUGAGUGCCGCCCCGGUGCCCUACAGCGCCCUCUGUCCCGCUUUCUGCUCCCAUGGACCUGCGAGUCAGCCAGAGGUCAGGCCGUCCCGGCUCCAUUCCCACUACCGUCAACCAGCAGCCUGUCUACUUAGACCACUUCCCGCUUCAGCCGUGCGGCUGGGUCUCCAAGCAGCAGCUGCAGCGGCACGUCCGGUUCAACAGGGACCCAUGUGAGGAGGAAGAGAAGGAGAAAGCAAAGCAGCAGCUGCAGCAGCUGCGACACAAGGUCAAGAGCCAGCAGAGUGCCAUAGCUAGUUCUGCGGUAAAGAAGAAACUCCAAGAAGUGAUUCUAAAGAAACGGCAACAGGCUGCCCAGGAACGAAUUAAGUCGAACCCCGCAAGCGGCUCCCCGGGGAGAUGUCGGGAGCUGCCGCUGGAGUCUGACGCUGCCGCGGAGUCUUAUCUGCUGAGCCCGCCUGCACAGCCCCCCAGCGAGGCCCCGAAACACCCACUCCUGAGAAGGACAGCUUCAGAGCCCAGUCUGAAAUUCAGGCCGAAGAAGCACCUGGCCAGGAUGAGCCCGCUGGCCCGGAAGGAGAGCGCCCCGGGCCCCAUCAAGCACGCCACUUCUGAACCUCACGACUCUUCCGCAAGCAGCAGUAGCACGCCUGUUUCUGGCUCCAGCUCUCCCAAUGACAGCCUGGCUCCUGACAACGGCGUGCUGCCCCCUACUGUCACACUCGCUCAUGAGGACGAUGCUUCAUCCCAUUUCAGAGUCCGCACCCCGUGCACCAUGCCCACCAUCUCCCUGGGACGGCCAGCUAACUCGAAGAGUGACCACGCCACCAUGUUGCCCGGAGCCCCGCAGGUCUAUGUCCCGCUGGGUGUGGAGGAGGUCCCUGUCCGGACGUCUUCAGGGCUCCAGCCGAUGGUCAUCCUGAAGCAGUCCGGCUUGCUCCACACUCAGCUGCUGAUGAAGGUGCAUGGCCCUGUCCCCUGCCUAGCUGACAUGCCUCUGCAGUUCGGCUCCCAGGCAGAGUUCCUGGUGCCACAGGGCCAGCACAAGCUUCUGAGCCGGACCCGGUCGGAACCGCUGCCCCAGAGCCCACAGUCUGUGCACACACAGCUGCUACAGGCACACCUGAGCAAGCUGAUGUGGAAGUCGAGUGAGACGCCUCGUCUGGGGCAGAUCCCGUCAGAGGACAUGGACUCGGAGGAGGUGGGGCAGGAGCUUGGGGACGUCUCCCCGGGCCGGCCGCGGAUGGAGCUGCUGCGUGAGGCGAAGCUGCCAUCGGGAGGCGAGAGGCGCAGCAACCUGCAGCAGAAUCCCCUGCUUAGCCAGUCAUUGCUAUGGGAGCAGCUGAGACAGCAUUCACAGAGGCAGGCAAUCAAUCUGGAGGCUGGGCCCAUUCCCAUGGUGCUCCGGGGCACCCACCGCACCUUGUCCCGCACCCAGUCUUCGCCGGCUUCCACCUCUCUCUCGCUGCCAGAUAAGGCCCUGUCUCUGCCAACUCCAGAGAACCCCAGCAAGCCGCGCUUCACCACAGGUCUCAUGUAUGACUCCCAAAUGCUGAAGCACCAGUGUAACUGCGGGGACAACAGCAGCCACCCAGAGCAUGCUGGGAGGAUCCAGAGCAUCCUGUCGCGACUGCAGGAGCGCGGCCUGCGGAGUCAGUGCGAGAUCAUCCAGGGGAAGAAAGCCAGUCUGGAGGAGCUGCAGUUGGUGCACUCCGAGAAGCAUGUGCUGCUUUACGGAACCAACCCGCUGAACCGCCUGAAGCUGGACCCCCACAAGCUGAGUGGAAUCCUGUCUGAGAGGAUGUUUGUCAUGCUGCCAUGUGGGGGCGUUGGGGUGGACAACGACACAAUCUGGAAUGAGAUGUACACAUCGACAGCGUCGCGUGUGGCUGCAGGGGGUGUAACAGAGUUGGCCUUCAAGGUGGCAACGGGCGAGUUAAAGAAUGGCUUUGCGGUGGUGAGACCCCCCGGACAUCAUGCUACCCACUCAGCCCCCAUGGGCUUCUGCUUCUUCAACUCCGUGGCGAUCGCUGCCAAGCAACUGCAACACAAGCUGAACGCCAGCAAGAUCCUCAUAGUAGACUGGGAUGUCCACCACGGAAACGGUACCCAGGAGGCGUUCUACAGUGACCCCAGCGUGCUCUUCAUCUCCUUGCAUCGAUAUGAUGAUGGCAACUUCUUCCCAGGCAGCGGGGGUCCUACUGAGGUGGGCUCAGGCACAGGCGAAGGCUUCAACGUCAACGUGGCAUGGACGGGCGGCCUGGACCCCCCCAUGGGAGAUGCGGAGUAUCUGGCUGCAUUCAGGACCGUAGUGAUGCCAAUCGCUCGAGAGUUCUCACCGGACGUGGUCUUGGUGUCGUCCGGGUUUGAUGCUGCCACGGGACACCCUCCGCCUCUGGGGGGCUACAAGGUCUCUGCCAGAUGUUUCGGCUACAUGACACAGCAGCUGAUGGAACUGGCCGGGGGCCGGGUGGUCCUUGCCCUCGAGGGGGGUUACGAUCUCACGGCCAUCUGCGACGCCUCUGAGGCUUGUGUCAGUGCCCUGCUGGGCAUCGAGAUGGAGCCACUGCCGGAGGAGACCCUGCAGCAGAAACCCAGUGUGAAUGCAGUGCGCUCCCUGCAAAGGGUGUUGCUGGUUCACGGGGAGUACUGGCCCUCGGUGAAGCACACCGUCCACACGGUGGACCUGUCCUUCCGGCAGGCCCAACGGCAUGAGCAUGAGGAAAACGAUACGGUUACUGCUCUGGCCUCGCUGUCGGUGGGAGUCCUUCACAGCAAGAGCAGGACCCAUGAGGAGCCCAUGGACCACAAUGACGAGUCCUUCUGAAGUCCUCCCAGUGGAGCUCCGGGUCCACAGUGGCUUAACGCUGUGACCUUCUGGCUUUGGUACAGCUCAGUGACCCAGAGUCUCCUCCUCAUCUCUAGCCAAGGGCAACCAUUCCGGUGCUUCAGACUCCCACUCCCUCCGUACACCACAGCUGUCUGAGUCGGCUUCUGGGGAUGGUGACCUUCUAGACAGGAGCUGACCCCUUUGGAAAGCACAUCAUCCUGCUAGAGUUGGGGGAAGCCGAACAAAUGGAGGAGACGCCAUCCCCGGAGCUCCAAGGGCCGACACCAGUCUCUGCUUGGGAGACUGUUUUCAGCCAGUGUCAUUUAUAUUCAUGUGACUUAACCACUAACCAUGGAAGGGAAGGAAAUGAGUCAGCUGAAGGUGGUUUUGUGACUUUUGCACUGUGCAUUCCAAAAUGUGAACCGUGAAAUGUUGUCCUCAAAUGCAAAGUUCACCUAAUCCUUCAUAGGACACUUUCAGAAAGCGGACUCUAUCACCACUUACAUAUUAUGGCUUUUAUGCACAGACUGUGUUAGGUUUGUGUAAACUGACAGGUGUGUGUGUUUGUAUAUAUGCACUAAUUGCAGUGGGUUGUAUUUUGGGUAAGAAUGGUGACAGUGUUUUCGGGAUGUCCUCUACGGGGCAGGCAUUCUCGUCAACGUGCCUUGAUGGGGCACUGUAGCCUUGCGCAAAUGGGCUGUUAUUGAGGGUCCAAAAUAACCGUACUCUGGAUUCCCCAUGUCACAGACCAAAAAUCAGACAAACCUAAACAAAACCUCUGUAAAACAGACUUGCAUACAUCGGCUUAAAUUGUAAAACAAUAAUGUUUUGUCUGCCUUAAACUGUGUGUUGUUUUUCAGAUAGUCUUAAGAGUAGCGCACUUAAUGUCUUAAUAUUCUAUUUUUCAUUUGACUGCAUGUACAGUUUGGCCUCAGCAUUUUUUCUCUUUCCAAAAAAAUCAUUCCGGUUUUCUUAUGGAUAAUAACAGGUGGCCCAGUAUUUUAACCUGUGGGGAAAAAAAACGUACCUACUGUAGAUUUGUAUAUUGUCUAUUUCUUGAUAUUUCGAGGAAAAUUAGACUGAUGGGGUUGUUUCGUGAAAGAAACGUUUCUUUUGGAUUGACACGCAAUUCGACUUUUCUCGAGUUGCGUGAACUUGGUCUCACAUAAGUCUUCGAAGUUUCUUUGAGUGGCCUAUCUGCAAAACGUACCGCACUGCUGUAUUUUUCUCUGUAUUUUCUAUGAAAUAGGGAACAGAAGGCUUUUUUUCCCCUUAAUUCUGCAAUUUCAUUCCCAACCAUACAAAAUAACCUCCUUAAGCACAUUUAUUUUGCAAAACUCUUUCUUUAUUGAAAACAAUAAACAUUUGAAGAAACUUUGACUCCUUUGAAGAAAUGUAGCUAUACUUUAAUGUAUUACAUCAAAUGCCUGUUACCUGGUGCCUUGUGUUCAUCCUCUAUGCUGGUAGUCUUCUAACACUCGACAAGCCGUUAUUAGAGUAAGACCAAAGAUAAGACAUCCAAGCAGACUUUGAUGGCAGAAGUAGGUAGCAGCGACCUCAGCUCAUAUCUCUGAGUUGCCAAUGACAUGUUAUCGUCUUUUGUACUCUGACAAAUAGUAGUUAAACACCACUUAAAGCAAAUGACCAGUUGAACUGUAAAGGUUCGGAUUCGGAUGGACUGUGCUUGAAAUUUUCUCUCUGCCCUUUUCUCCCUGCUUACAUUUGCAUUUAUUUAUUUAGUAAACUUUUAUUUUAUUUUUUUUGUCAAAAGUAACGUUCGUGUGAGACUUGCGUGUCGCUCACACUGGAACAGUGUUGAAGUAACAGGACUAACAAAUUUCAGCAUCCAUGGCUCGUACACUGAGCACAGCACUAGAAAUGGUGAUGAAGGAGUGGGGAGCUGAUGUCUCUUUGCAGGCUCCUUGUGAGCCUGCAAUCCCCUUGGAAAUAUUGCGAGUUGGUGCAUCUAAUUUACCUCCGAGGACAGGUGCUCCAUUUCAUCCUGGGUAACUCAGAUUACCUCAGGAGUUGUGUACAAGUGUAAGACUAUGGGUAGGUCCUGCAUUAAACUCCAUUGUAAAAUAGAUGAGUAGUAGGAACCAAAUAAAUUGUUUAUGAGUUGUAAAAAUGGAAAAUUUCACUGAGAACCAGGGGAAGAACUGAUGAGGUGAUGCAUCUGAAUUUUUUUUUCCUUUUUUAAAAGGGUUGUUGCUGGUAAUUAGACCACAUGUGUCAAAUCUGCAUUUCCAGUGUAGCCCUCGUAAGGCGCCGAGCUGGAUUUCUUAAAUUACAGUUUUUAUUACCUAUGCUGUAAAUAGCUAUCAAGACCAAAACCUGUGUGCCUUGAAAUGUCAGUUUCACAUCUAUGUAGAAAAAAUGUCAAUGUGUGAACUAGAUGUUACAGUUUUUGUUCAUACCUGUGUACCUGGAUGUGUACAGACAUGAUUGUCUAUUUUGUACGUUUCUCCUUUUCUUUAUUAAAAGGGACAAUACAUUCUUGA